CGGCACCUCCGGUGCGCCGGGGGGCGCUGCGUGCGGGGCGCGGAGGAGCGGCCGCCGCUGCCGGGCGCCGCCGCUGUCCCCGCUCGGCGCCGGCCGCGCUGCGCUGCGCCAUGAAGGCGAUCGUGCAGCGGGUGGCCCAGGCCAGCGUCACAGUGGGUGGUGAACAAAUCAGUUCAAUAGGACGAGGCCUCUGUGUGCUGCUGGGCAUUUCUUUGGAAGAUACACAAAGAGAGCUGGAGCACAUGGUUCGAAAGAUCUUGAACUUGCGAGUCUUCGAAGAUGAAAGUGGGAAGCACUGGUCCAAAAGUGUGAUGGAUAAACAGUAUGAAGUGUUGUGUGUGAGCCAGUUUACUCUCCAGUGCAUCCUGAAGGGAAACAAGCCUGACUAUCACAUGGCAAUGCCCACGGAGCAGGCGGAGUCUUUUUAUAACAACUUCCUAGAGCAGCUAAGAAAAGCCUACAAACCAGAGCUUAUUAAAGAUGGGAAGUUUGGUGCCUACAUGCAGGUCCACAUCCAGAACGAUGGUCCUGUAACAAUAGAACUGGAGUCCCCCGCAGCCACUGUUGAUCCUAAACAACUGACAAAACUUGAAAAACAGCAACAAAGAAAAGAGAAGACCCGAACCAAGGUGCCCUCUGAGUCAAGUAGGGAAAGAAAUGCCCCCCGAAGCAAGGAUGACCCCAGUGCCAGCAGCGGAGCAGAAGGAGACGUGUCCUCAGAACGAGAGCCUUAGCUCAUCCAAGGCAGCGCUCAGUUUCUUACACAAAAGCUACACUGAAUUCUUGAAGAAAGACCCAACAUCCGCCUCAACAACACUCUUCAACAACUUUGGGAAAGGAUGGAAAAUGGGAAAGCAGAGCUGAGACAUUAGAAACCUAUCAUUCUGUAUUGAGCCAACCAAAGCAAUGCUAUCAGAUUCAGUUGUUAAUGUGUAGUGUCAGUAGUGAAAAGGACUUGUGACAUUUCUUUGUAUGCGUUCUCACACGACUGCUGAGUAAAGGGUGACUGUAGGCAGAUUGUAGCAGAACAUUUCACUCUCAGUGCAUAAGCUCCAUUUAAAGAAUAAAUCAGGGUUUUUCCUUAAACUUACACUUGAAUUCUGAAAAUUCUCUGAGCAGGCUUGUGUAUUGAUUCUCACUCCGUGGUGUCAUGUGCUACCUGUUUCCAUUGCAGUGUGCAGAACUGUGCAUAUUUUGGUAAAUUGUUAGCUGCUGCCUGACAUCAGGUUAGGCAGCCCAGUCUUUCUGCAUGGAUUAAGUUAUUACAAGGGACGAUCUAGUUGUUUAUCAUGUGGAACACAUCUGUCUUGUAAACUUUUUUAAAACCAGAAAAGACUUUAUUAAACAAAUGAUGCCAGCUGA